AUGUCUGUCAUACCCUCCACCAAGCGCGCUGUCCGUAUCAUCGCGCUGCCGCUCGCAACGCCUUCUGCGCGGAAGAGCCACGGGGUUGUCGAGCAUCUCACCUAUUAUCACUUCGUAACCCCGCCCCCCAUGGAAGGCAAGACUCGUAACUGGGCAGCAUGGGUGCAGAACAAGGCUGCGGACCUCUGGGCAGGAUUGGGCAAGGCACCGGAGGGGAACUGGAGACGUAAAUCCUUUUUGUAUGGCGAACGGCUUGUAGACCACCUCGACUUUGAGGAGCUGGCGCUGAAGUCGUUUGACACCUCGCUCGGUCCGAAGCUCCUACACGUUGGAGGGAAGGAUACGAUCAAGCCCACCGACAAUCCUACGAUUCCACUCAUUUACCCUUCGUCCGCAUGCGAGUCCCCAAUCCCGCACCUGCGUGCCCUUCUGGAGAAGCGGACACCGCGCCAUAAGAAAGGCGCCAUCGUCUGGCUCGCAGUUUCCCCUCUGACGGCGCCGUUCAUGCUCAUCCCGAUCAUCCCCAACUUCCCAUUCUUCUUCUGUGCGUGGCGAGCAUGGUCACACUACCGCGCCUUCAAGGCGUCGCAGUACCUGGAGUCGUUCGUCGAGCGGGGCGCGGUCCUCCCGCAGCCCUCAUCCGAGCUCGACGCCCUCUACGCAGAGUACGCGCCCGUACAACCAGACCCUGAGGCGCCAGAGACGCCGCAUCCUGGGUCAUCGUACCCGCCGGGGAACACGCCAAUGUCCGCCGCAGAGACGCAGAAGAGCUGUCCUGGGGCAGCGGAGACAGGUCGUCCGCAUCUCCUCCUGACGCGUGCGGCGGUGCCUGCACUGGAGAAGUUCCUGGGUUUGCCUUCUGGCGGAAGCUUUGCGUCGGACGUGUACCGGGCACUGGAGCAGGCGCGGUUGCGGCUGGAGAGGGAGGGCAGGUAA